AUGGACGUUCAUGCUGUCUUUGGUGUUGAACCAAACCACAACUUAACAGAAGCCGAAGUGACAAAGUAUGACUUGCCGGACCUUUUCAUUUCUUUGAAAGCCUUUGACUGGCUGAGCGAAGAAAAAGUCGCGUCAAAGUUUGUAGCCUCCGUUUUUGGGAAGAUAGACUCCAGUGCUCCUGCACUAAGCUCCAUCAACCAGGCGCUUCUAAAAAUAAACGCGAUAGCUGAUAUACCUACACCAAUCAGAGAGCUAUCUGAUUAUGUAAGAAAACAUUACCGUAAAAAGAAGAUAAUUGUACGAUUCGAUCAUUAUCUCAGUACAUCAAAAAAGGCCUAUCAGUUAGAUAAAGCAAAGGGAGAUGCGGCUCAUAUUUUGCUGGAGGAAAACUACAGGAUACACGGAAGCUUGGCUGGAAAGACGGUGGAUGAGAUUUUAGAGGUUGUAGGCGCGUCAGGCAUUAACAAAAAUGAUGCAAAUGACUCCGAUGACAGUUGCACCUCUCAAAAAUACCAUCCGAAGAGAUCAAGGAAGUACAGUGUCAGUGUUCCAAAAGAUGAUUACGAAGGAUUGCCUGCCAGUGAAGGCUCUGAAAUGAUAGAUGAGCUUAAAGAAGUUAGAUGUCGUUCCAUCGAAUUAACAGAGACUAACGCCAAUCAAGUUUCUGAUCUACGGCUAUUAUCAUUGGAUUGCAUAUAUCUUUUUUCAGAAGAUAUAAAGCAAGUACCUAGGAACAGAUUGGCAUAA